GGAGGUCUUGUUCCUGUUCAUACAGAUUUGUGCAAACCAUUUUAAAGCAUUUCUUCCAAAUUCCCUUCUUCUAAACCCCAAAACCAUCUUCUUUUUUUUUUCACUCAAAAUCAAUCCUUUUCUCCACUUUUGAUUUUCUUGAACCAUAUAAUCAACAAUGGCAUCCAUCCCUUGCUCUUCGAAUCUCACUUCUCCACUUUCUGAUUUUUCUAAAUCCAACCGAAACCACCAACCUUCUUGUCUCUCGCUUUCUUCUUGUUCUGCAACUACUUCUGUCAAAUCCCUUUUAGGGUCAUCAAAUUCGAUGUUUUUUCAACAUGGGUUUGCUCUAAAAGCUGGAAUUGUUUCUGGGUUUUCGUCCAUCUCUCGAUCUCAAUUUGGGGUUUUUGCUACAGCUGCUACAGGAAAGAGUAUUUAUGAUUUUACUGUAAAGGAUAUUGACCGAAAGGAUGUUCCUCUCUCCCAAUACAAGGGAAAGGUUCUACUAAUCGUCAAUGUUGCAUCGCAAUGUGGUUUGACGACAUCGAACUAUUCGGAGCUCUCUCAAAUCUAUAACAAGUACAAAGACCAAGGGCUCGAAAUCCUUGCAUUCCCCUGCAAUCAGUUUGGGUUCCAAGAACCUGGUUCAAAUGCUCAGAUUAAAGAAUUUGCUUGUUCAAGGUUCAAAGCUGAAUUUCCAAUUUUUGACAAGGUUGAUGUGAAUGGCCCAUUCACAGCCCCGGUUUAUCAGUAUCUCAAGUCGACUAGCGGAGGAUUAUUGGGUGAUUUGGUGAAGUGGAAUUUUGAGAAGUUUCUAGUAGAUAAAAGCGGAAAGGUCGUCGAAAGAUACCUUCCUACUACUUCCCCUAACGAGAUCGAGAAGGACAUACGGAAGCUUGUUGCAGUAUAGAACGAUUACAUACCUAAAAUCCGAGAGACUACAUGGUAUUUAUGAUUUUGUACCGUUUCGCUUACAUUCAUCAUCACACGGUUCGUCCCUUUAGUUCUUGUGACCAAAAGCAAAUAGCAUGUAUAGCCGGGAACCGUGGAUUCGUGUAACUAUCUAAAUAAUAUAUAGUUAUGGUACUCAUUGUUUGAAUGACAUAUUUUUAAAGUGUCGUAUAAAAAAGCUAAUAAGACGAUUAAUUGUCA